GGAUAAAAUGAAUGGAUUUUAUUUGGAUUGUUGUGGUGUGAUAUCUCGGCCUUAUGUGGGAAAUAGCAAAGGAAUGUUAUGUGACUGAAAUUAGGACUAAAAUGACUUGUUUUUAUGUAGGAAAUUCGGCCCUAAGGGAUCAAGACAUAGGAGACAAAGUUUGGCUUGACUUUAAGUGAAUAAUAGGACAAUAAGUUACUAUUCAAUCAAAGACUUCUUUGCUGAUUUUGUCCUUUUGUUUUGUUGUUGUUUUCUCAUGAUUUAGGGCUGGAUUUUAGGAAGAAAAUGGGUGGGAAUUUCGUUGGAAAGGUGUAGGAAAAUAAGGGGAAGGUCUUAUUUAAUGAAAGGAACAAAAGAAGUAGAAAACAACACACAAGGACCAAAAACACACUUCCCUCCCUCUUCCUUGUUUUCCUUCCAUUCGGCCAUAACCUACUGCCCAUUAUAUUCUUCCUUAUCACCAUGUCAAACCAAUCUCAAACCCUCACCAAUGAAGAACUUCAAGCCUCCAAUGCUGCCCUAAAAGCUCAAGUUGAAUACUUAGCCAAGCAGGUAGCUCAACUCACCAAGAUGAAGUUAAGAAUGGCGGAUACCCCCGAGCAGAGUGAUGAAGAACAAGAGAUUGAAACACAUCCUAUGGAAGACUCUAACACCAACACCGGAGGUAGCUCUCAUGAGAAAGGAACCACGGAUUUCAAGGUUGACCUUCCCACCUUUGAAGGGAAGAAUGAUCCCGACGAAUUCCUAGAGUGGUUGGAAACUGUUGAGCGCGUCUUUGACUUUAAAGACAUUCCCGAAGACAAGAAGGUCAAAAUAGUGGCGUUGAAGCUACGAAAGUACGCUUCUACAUGGUGGACGAACACAUGCACUAAGAGAAGACGAGAAGGCAAGGUUCCCGUCAAAUCAUGGCUCAAGAUGAGGGCUUUGAUGAAGAAGAAGUUUCUCCCCGAACAAUAUGUAAAGGAUAACUUCGCUCACCUUCAACAACUGAGACAAGGCACCCGGACGGUGGAAGAUUACACUCGAGAGUUUGAAGAGCUCUUGAUGCGGUGCGACUUACAAGAAGAUGAUUCCCAAACCCUUGUCCGCUAUUUAUUUGGGCUAAACACCCAAAUAGCUAAUGUAGUGGAGCUCCAACCAUAUGACACCUUCGAAGAACUGUCCAAGCUCGCCCUACGGGGUGAAGCACAACUCAAGAGAACUAGAACCCCCUUUGGCCGCCCCUCACCCUACACCAAAACUCCUCCAAAUUCCUCAUGAAACCCAACCACCACCUCUGCCCAAACACCAUCCGCAAAA